AUGACUACACAGUUCCACACUAGCAGGAAACUUAACCCUCAGGACAUUUCUGUUUUAGUAUCCCAGCAGUCAAAAAAUGAAAUUGGCUGGUACAUCUCUGAAAUUAUAGCCAAUCAACUAGAUCCAAUUAAGGAUGUGCUUGUAUAUUGUAAACGAAAUCUAGAAGAGUCAAAUGACACGCAAUAUAAGCUUCCACUGUCAUCUCAUCAGUCCGAAGUGGUCAAGGGAACAUUGACUAGAGAAAACUUCAAGAUAACAGAGCUACAUAUGGUUAUACACAGUCCUCACUUUAACAGUGGUAAGAAAUUCGAGUUUGUAAUGAAGUCACAAGAAUACAUCAUUAUAAGACAACUUCUGGAUUGUCACGAUGCCAUCGAAAACGCUAUUCACUAUAUGAACAAAAUUAUGGAAAAUGAGGAGAAUGAACAUACUACAGAGUUAUUUAUGAGAUACAUUGAUCAAAUUUGCACUCAGUUGAAAUUAGCAAGAGAGUCAUUGGCCCAUCCACAGCCAGUGUACGAAUUUCCCCAGCUUAGAAAUCCGGGCACCAUUUUUGAGCCUGUUUUCCCCAAAACAGGUGCAUUAGAUUUUAUCAUAAAUGAAGGGGAACUAAGUGUUGAGUUUAAGAGUCUUAAAAUUGUUGAAAAACGUCCUUGGAAUGUCAUAAUUGAUCAGAAGAAUCGACUGUCAUUUGCGGAUGUAGUCAGGAAACAAAUCUCAAAGAUGCGUGAUAUGCCAAUGAACAGAAUCAUUUCAGACGAGUACAUGAAAUACAUCGAAUGGAGAAAACAACACACAAAUGAAGGGAACCAUGAAGAGAACGGUAUAAGUGGGACCAUCAAAAACAUGUUUUCAUUUAAUGGGGAUCCGUCCUUAUCUACUUUGAUAAAACAUGCAAAUGCAUACUUGGAGACUUCAAUCACGUACAUUGACGACGACAAUGUACCUUUUGUAGUUCAAGUUGCUGACAGAUGUCAGGUUGUGACUUCUGAUCCGAUAUUACUCUCAAUUAGCGUAAAGCUUGAGAGUAUUGAUAAAACAAUGACACGAAUAAGCAAAAAUCUUUCUAGUAUUAGCCAAAUCUGA